GGGAGUGGUCUGGUGAUGUAGCCGGGUUCGGAGCGCUGUCUCCCGGUCAGCCUCCCAGCUGUGACUCGCUGUGAUUUCUCCCCCCUCUCCGUUACUCCCAGCCGGGGCCUGCCGCCGCUCUCUCCGGUCCAACAUGGAGCUCCGGACGAUCCUGCCCGCUCUGCUCUUCCUCUCUGCCGCCUCUCUGCACUCGGUGUCCGGCGCGGCCACACGGACAGGACCGAAAGUCACCGAGAAGGUGUUUUUUGACAUCACGGUGUCGGGUCACGAGGUGGGGCGGAUCGUCAUUGGGCUGUUUGGAGAGGUCGUUCCUCUUACUGUCAAUAACUUUGUUGCCCUGGCAACCGGCGAGAAAGGUUACGGCUACAAAGGCACCAAGUUCCACAGAGUGAUCAAAGACUUCAUGAUCCAGGGGGGAGACUUCACCGCCGGGGACGGGACCGGAGGUCACAGCAUCUAUGGAACGACUUUCACAGAUGAAAACUUCAAACUGAAGCAUUUAGGAGCAGGAUGGGUGAGUAUGGCAAAUGCGGGUCCGGACACCAACGGGUCGCAGUUCUUCAUCCUGGCUGCCAAAGCUCCGUGGCUGGACGGGAAACACGUGGUCUUCGGCAAAGUCCUGGACGGGAUGUCUGUGGUUCACACCAUCGAGCUUCAGGACACCAACGACAGGAACUUGCCGUACACCGAGUGCGUGAUCGUCAACAGCGGCAGGAUCCCCGUCAAAGAGCCCUUCGUGGUGGAGGUGGAGGGCUGGUAAAUGCCACUGUUACACGGCUAGCUGCAGAACUAAUGCAGCGAGUCGGUACUAUAUACUGGUGAUCAAUCAGAAAUCAUUUGCAGUUUGCCAAAUUCACAUUUUCAUAUUAUUACUUUUGCAAAUUAACAUGCUAAUUCUAACAUGCUAGCAAGAAGGGUUGGGUAUUGACUGAAAUGUUUUGAUAGCAGGGCUGAUUCAGUAUUGAUACCAAAACAAUACAUGUAUCCGCAAGUUUUGCUAUUGCUACAUAGCUAACGUUAGCAUUAACAGCUGAGUUUACUUUGCUUUGCUAUCAUGAUCAGAAAUCACAAUUUAAAUCAGGAAGUAUUUGCACAAAGUGUAAACAAAACUAGAAACUGACUCAGUUCCAGUUUUCAGUAUUUGAAAGUUUUUGGUUUCAGCUGGUACCAAAAACAGACGGAGGUUCGAUACCCAUCUCUAUUAGCAAGCUAACAUGAACAUGUAGCAUUGCAUUCUGGGUGUUAACAUGCUUACAUGCUAACUGUGACAUGCCGCAGAGGCUAAAUGUUACAUGCUAAACAUUAGCGUGUUAACAUCCAGUAGUAGCAACAUGCUAACUAUAGCCUGCUAACGUUAGCAUGUGGAUUAAAGACGAACAUGAAUUCUGAUUGAUCUCUACUGUAUACAGAGAUUAUAUAAGUAACAUUUUUAAGAUUAAGUUAUUAACAGAACAUAUCAGUGACACGGUAGCUGUCUAACAAAUGUCUGUGAAGGGAGGGAAGAUUUUUAUCAACCAUGAGACGACAGGGAAAAAAUUGAUCUGUGGUAUUGACUGAACUUUUACUUUUAGUUUAGAACAGAAGACAGCGUCAUAUCAAAAAGUUAAGAUGAUCAUAGAUAGUAAAGGAAUUAUUUUUCCAAUGUGCUCUUGUAAAGACUGUAUACUCAGGUGAGAACCUCGUAUCUCCAAAAUGGCUGCUUUUCAGGAUGGUAGCAAAAUUAGCCUCAAUUUUAAGAUGAAGUCGCAGUGAAGUCAAAAAGCAAGAAAAAAAUUGUAUUUUUUUUUAGUUUCGUUUAUUUAAUUCAAAGUCGGUUUUUAUUGCAACAGUUUUGUUAGCAGGUUUUCAUUUAUUUGAAACAUAACAUAAAAGGUCCCAUAGAAAAGCAUGUAACAUUUCUUGGAGAUAUGAGGUUUUCAACAGAGGGGAGUGGCGGCAGUUCUGUGUGUUCACUAUUUAUCAGGUUCACUGUGGUUCAUGCUAGCGGUUUUACGCGUUAGCAUACUUGCAUAUUUAGCGGAUGGUGCCGGUUAGCAUCAUCUCUAAAACUCUGUAUUAAACUAAAUAACGAACACACACUUUAAACUGCCCUCAUUUCGUAACAGGAAAUAGACCGAAGAGCAUGUUCGAUGAAAAAAGGUUGUUUUUUUAAACAAAGGUUUGGUGCUGUGAAAUCAAACAUGACAGAUAUCAUGUAAACUUGCACUUACACAAUAACUAUGUAGCUCCUCAUUAAUCUCUUAUUGCCAAAUUAUCUUGCACUUCCUAUGCAUCUAAUCAAUAUUUAAAAAGCUUCAUUUCAAUACUUGUUUAUGAACAUAUGCAAAAAAGACUUACAGCCUCUGUAGCAAGUGUCGAAUGGCAUUCUGGCACUUUAUGAUUUUUAUCACUUUCACUUUAUCACCUUUUCAUGGGUUUGAAGCAUCUUUUCUUCCUGAUGCAUUAUGCACCAUAUCAUGUUUGCAAAAACUACAGCACAAAUUGCACAGGAUGAAAAUGUUCAAAAGGUGUGGAAAGGAAUAUUAAUACUGUGUCUGUUCUUGAAAUAAUGAAUUUAAAUGUUGUACCUUGUGUUAGAGGUGUAUUGUUGCUGACUGUCACCGGGUCAGUGAACUCAUUCUGACUGUUAAUGUUUUAUCUUUCCUCGUUGUUCGUUUUAAUGUUGUUUGGGUUGUUUCUGCUAAUGUUCAUGGCAGCAUUGUAAUCUAAUAAAGUCUGAGCUUCCUCACGCCACUGAAGUUAAUGCAGCUCUUAAAACCUCCUUACCAAACAUAUCAACAGUUGUGUUUUCAUUCUUUAUAACAGCAGAAAAAAAGGUGCCAACAGGUGUAUUUUCUACAAUAAACAAUAUGCUGUUGCAAAACAA